GUAUGGCUAUUGAGAACUGGAUAACUUCAACGGGAUCAUUGAAGAGCCAGGCUUUUCCAAAAAACUGAAACCUAGGUAUCUACUUUUCUAAGGUUCUCUUUUACUCCAUUUCUUUGUCUACAUGUCAGGUUCGUAUUGUUCGAUUUUCGAAAGCGUUGAAUUGUAAAGUCUUCCUAAAAUGCUUUAAAUGUUUAAACUCAGACCUUUUUUAACUUUUUCUUCCUCUUUGGCACAAUUACCGUUGUCAGCUAAGGCCCUGUGUGAUUUAGUUUUCAGUGACUUAUUGAUUCCCCCAUAGCAGGAUAGUCAGUCCUAUGUAUGGGGGCAAGGUCCUUUUGGGGGUUGAACCCAUGAUGGGUAUGUUGUUAAGUCGUACGAGUUGACGACUGUACUACGAGACCGACCAAGACCUUUUAAAACACGGAAGAAUUUAUUUGAAGAAACGUUAUGGGAUGGUAAAUUUGUUAUUUUUUCAGUUCAGUUUCUAGGUUAGAUAAGAUCAUUGAAACAUUGUUCACACAAAGUGAUACAUAUAAGUUCUCUUUAACGAAUCUAAUUCAAAAUCUUAAAAUCUAACCACGUGCUUUUGCUGCUCUCUCAACUUUACGAGAAUCAUCGUAGUAAUCUAUGUUCCCCGUAGUAACCGUUUCUCCUUCCCUUCGCCACAAUGCAUGACAAACUCUCCAGUCACCGCUUACUAUCAGAUGCCACCGCUCUACCUCUACGAUGACUACGAUCGCUGUCUGGACGAGUUCCCCGGGCGGGCCACCUACUGCCUGGUGGACAGCUGGAUCGUCCCAAACGACUCCGCACCGCUGUGGUCCGUGAUAGAGCAAUUUUCCGCCGACAGAAAGCGCAGCUUCCGCCACGAUCGACUCCAGCGCGGUCUGUGCAUGAACCGAUGCCACCAGCUACUGACCAGGUUCGAUCCACGCACGCAGAUGAAGUACUUUCGCGCUCGCUUCGAACCUAACGAUUUUCAGCAGGUAAAGUUGUACGUAGAAAUUGGUCCAUUCUCUAGAACCCCAAUUCUUUCGCCGCGCACACAGAUCACGUUCGACCCGAACACGUUCCGCGGGGCGCUCGACUGGCGCAACCGAUACCGCCGUUUAGCCAAUCAAUGUGUCAAUUACGAGCUGAAACGUCAGUACUCCCUGAUGGCCUACACAACGGUAGAAUACUGCACGACGAACCGAGCGCAAACGGACCGGGACGUACGGGUGUCCGCGGUGCAAGCAGCACCGGAAGCAUUAGAUAAGAUUGAUGUUACGUUUCUGUUUGUCCUUGGUACACUACUCACCCUAACACUGCUGUCCACCGGGUACGAUUGCUAUCGAUACCGGCAAGCGCGACCACACCACGGCGGCACGAUUGCGGAUGGAUUAAGAGAUUACUAUCGAUCCGGAUUGGAGCGCCCGGGUGUAAGCCGUGCCACCGUACUGCUCGUUGCGUUUUCCCUUCCCCGGAACUGGCAUCUACUAACGACGGCGCGUAGAAAGGUGUCCAGCACCGCCACGAAAGAUUUGCGCUUCAUACAGUCGGUCCGGUUUCUCGUCAUGUACCUCGUCAUCGCCGGCCACUCAAUGCUGUUUAAUUGCAUCUUUCCGCUACAGAACCCACAGUACGUCGAGCUGAACUAUCGCCGAGUCAUUACGAUGCUGAUAUUCAACGGCAUUACGGUGGUGCAGACGUACUUCACCGUGAGUGGAUUCCUGCUGGCUGUACACUUUGUGGAUUUUACCGAAAAGCAGCGUCGCUUCCGCUGCUGGGACUAUCUGCAAAGUAUUGUGUAUCGAUUGUUAAGAUUAACACCAGUUUAUGCGUUUAUGCUGCUGCUCGACGCCACCUGGCUGAUCCGGCUGCAGGAUGGUCCGAUCUGGAAACGGGUAGCCGAAACGGAGCGCACCUACUGCCGCACGAACUGGUGGGCUAACGUGCUGUACGUCAACAACUACGUCACCGUAUCGGAACCGUGUUUACAACAGACCUGGUACCUUGCGACCGACUUUCAACUGUUCGCCAUUGGGCUUGCCAUUCUCGCGCUUACAUGGCGCUAUCCGAAGCUGCUUAAACCGUUGCUGGCCGUCGCUGUGCUGGGAGCACUUCUAAUACCGGCCAUCGUUACGUACGUCAAUCGUUUCGAAGGCGUCGUCAUCUUACGACCAGAAGCGCUCAAGUAUGUGCUGUGGUAUGAUCCGAUGUACCGCAAGAUGUACAUCCCGACGCACACCAACUUUGGCAGCUAUUUGGCCGGUCUCAUCGCCGGCUUGCUGUAUCACAGGCUGAAGCGCGCCAACUUUGAUGCCGUUCGCCAUCGGGGCUUUCGCACGCUCUGGUACGUAUCGCUUCCGACCGCAAUCGUCCUGCUGCUGUCGGCGUACGUAUUUUAUGCGUACGAUUUUGAAAAGCCCGCGCUCUGGAUAGCGGCCUACGCGGCACUGGCGAAGAAUCUCUGGGGUGCACUUUUCGGCGUACUGUUCGUCGGGCUGGCGUUCGGUGUUGGGGGCUUUCUACGAACGGCGCUGAAUAAUUCGAUCUUUCGGCCACUCGGCAAGGUGACGUACUGUGUGUUCCUGUGCCAUCUGUUUGUGAUACGCGUCACGCUGGGCAACAUCCGGCAGCCGAUCUAUGUGAGCGAUAUGCGAAUUCUUGUUUCUACCUCCUCGACGCUGGUAUUGGCGUACAUUAUGGGGACGUUAAUGUGCCUGCUGAUCGAAAUACCAUUUUCCAACGUACAGAAAACGCUGUUCUUCUAUAAGCCGGAAAACAUCUACAAGGAAGAGAUACAGCUGGUCUACAAUGGUUGCGCUAACGAAUCAAAUCCAACUGCAAAGAACACCAAGGAAAUAGAACAAGAAUCGUAAACUAUAAUAAUUACAUUCUAAUAAGCAUCUUUUACAUUUUAUUCCCUUGCUAUGCGUCCAAGCAAAUAGUACCCAACAUUACAAAGUAACACACGCCUCCAUGCAAACACGGACCCGCUAGUGACGCACACACGGGCCACUGUUUUAGUUAAAUGAUUACUGGCGUUUUCUAGCCCCCUUGUGCCCUUCACUGAGCGUUUGGAGUUGAUAGGUUGAUUCGAUUUCUCUGCCUGGCUGGAGCAAAUUAGCAACAGAAGAAUCGAUUAUGGCUAAGCAGUUUCUAGGAAACGGUGCACCAGCACCAGGGAGGAAAGCAGUUUAGAGCUACCACCACAGGAAAUGGAUACGAUUACAAGCUACAAGCCUAUUGUAAACUUAUGUUUAUGUCUGAGCUGACUUUAGAGUGGAGUUUUAAGUGAACCAGUUCCAGAAUCAGGAUAGAAGUGGACCGAUUAGUCUGCGGAGUAGGUUGCUUUUGUUGGCUACGCAUACGAAUGUGCGUCCUAUUCAUGAGGGUCGUUAGUGAGCUUCGAGUACAGGCUGAGUGACUUCGACGGGAUGUGAGCACGGAACGGCUUUUUUUAAAGUACGUUUUAAGUAAUACACAAAGGUGCUGGUGUCGGGGGCAGCAUUUUGAGGGAAUUAUUUAUGCAUAUGAUGCAGUGUAGCUAGAUUCCAGACAUUGUAUCAAUUUAAAGAAGCAUGGAAAGUUAUUGUGAAAUAUGGAGGAAUGCUUCAAACAUGUAAUAUUAAAAAGGAUUCAUUAAAGUAAACUACACAUCAAUAUCUUCCAAAAUAUGUAUUUGAUUGUCUUUUUUUACUUGUUGGCGAACACACGUCUUCCGAGAGCAUUUUUAGUACCUAGUAGCCAUUUUAGUGCUAUUUUUACCAAUAAACGUGCUUCUUAAUUGAUCACAUAGACCCAACGGGACGAUAAAAACAAAUCAGCAAUUCAAAUUAUGGAACGCAACCUCUUUAAUAACUGUUUUGCUUCUACUGUGGGAUAGAAAUUAUUCAAAUGUUUUACAGUGUCCCACAAUCUCAUACGCACAAUUGUCUACUACCUUUAGUGUUGUGUCUACUGGAAUCAAUUGCAGUAAGUUCACUGCAGGCGUUAGAAGACUUUUCUAGACCUUUGCAGAGCUUUGCGAAGGCAGCAAGGAUACGGUACAACAAGGAACAAGGUACUGGGUGGAAAUUUCCACAUCACACCCCAUCAAGCUAUGCCAUAUCAUUUAUCUUUUUGCCCGGACUGCAGCCUGUCAUUGCAGUCUGUCUCACCUCACAGGGGGGCCUGGAAACCUAUGUUAUUACUGCCGGUGGAGGAAUGUGCCGGACAUCGGGGAUGUAAUUUAACUACAAAUGUGAGAUUCUUUCGCUUGCUGUGUGCGAUAUGGCGUCGUAGAAACACGGCGGGCGUGUUUGACUUUAAAUGGUACUUU